AUGACCUUUGCGUUCCACCUAUUGCCAAGCGGUCUGGUGAACCCGAAGUGUACGGGACUGAUCGGGACUGGCGUCGUCGUGCAUGUGCCGUCGUUUUUUGCCGAGCUGGAUGCUCUGCAGGCAAAAGGUGUGGCAUCAUGCUUCUCGAGCGGUAUGAAUGUCAUGAUUGACUUGUUCGUGGGCGGACAUCUAGGACUGGACUGCUCGAAUCGCCUGUUCAUGUCCGAUCGCGCGCAUCUAGUCUUUGACUUUCAUCAGAUUGUCGAUGGGCUGAAAGAAGCUGAGCUCGGUGGCUCGAGCAUCGGCACGACGAAGAAGGGCAUCGGCCCGGCUUACUCCUCCAAGUCGUCGCGAUCCGGCCUGCGUGUGCAUCAUCUAUUCGACCAUGAGCUCUUUGCCGAAAGGUUCCGCAGGCUCGUAGAGGGGCGUUUCAAGCGCUAUGGGCACUUCGAGUACGAUACGGAGGGCGAAAUUGCGCGGUACAAAAUCCUUGCUGAGCGUCUCCGCCCAUACGUUGUCGACGGCGUCGUCUUCAUUCACAAGGCGCUCUCCUCAGGCAAGCGUGUCCUCGUCGAGGGCGCCAACGCGGUCAUGCUCGACAUCGACUACGGCACCUACCCAUACGUGACGUCUUCGUCCACCACCAUCGGUGGAGUGUGCACGGGUCUUGCGAUCCCGCCCAAGCUGAUUGGGACCACCAUCGGCGUGAUGAAGGCGUACACGACGCGUGUCGGCGGCGGGCCGUUCCCGACUGAGCAGCUGAACGACAUUGGCGUGCACUUACAGGAGGUCGGGAAAGAGUAUGGAUCGACGACUGGGCGCCGGAGGAGGUGUGGCUGGCUGGACCUCGUGGUGAUGAAGCACUCGUACCUCGUCAAUGGCUACGACACGCUGAACCUGACCAAGCUCGAUGUGCUCGAUGACCUUGCAGAGAUCAAGAUUGCCGUGAAGUAUCUCGUUGACGGCAAGGAACUCGAGGGCUUCCCUGCUGACCUGGAGUUACUCUCGAGAGUCGAAGUUGUCUACGUCACGCUCGGAUCUUGGACGACCGCAGAGAAUGUUCGAGAUGGGGUUGGUUUCGUGCAGAAAGGGCUUUAA